AUGGCUCGUCCGCGAGGCUACUCGGGCGCUGAUAGUUCCAAAGAACCCCAUGCGGUCUCCCUAAAAGUAUUGCGGCUGUCGCGGCCUUCACUAUCUAAUCAAUAUCCCCUUCCGGCUGCCAACACCAAGAUCUCAAGCAAAGCAUCCCUAAGCUAUCCAUCCGACAGUACCGAUGACAAGUUCAUCCUUAGUCCUAACCUGACUUUGCCGCCCUCCUUUGGGUCGGCAUACGUCGGGGAAACGUUCGCCUGCACGCUCAGCGCCAACAAUGAGCUGCCGGAGGACGAGACCUCGCGCGUCGUCACGUCCGUCCGCAUCGUCGCGGAAAUGCAGACUCCAUCCCAGGUAGCCUCACUGGACCUGGAACCAGCGAACGAUCCGGCCCAAACGGAAGGCCUGCAAAGGGGGCAGUCCCUGCAGAAAAUCGUGCGUUUCGACCUCAAAGAAGAAGGAAACCACAUCCUAGCCGUCAGCAUCAGCUACACCGAGACGCUGAUCGGGUCGGAUGCGCAGGCUGCCAGCGGCCGGGUCAGGACAUUCCGCAAACUGUACCAAUUUGUCGCUCAGCCGUGCCUCAGCGUCAGGACGAAAUCCUCGGAGCUGGCUCCGUUGGAGGUGGAGAAUAAGUCGUUGGGACCGUACGGGAAAACCCGGCUUCUGCGAUUCGCUCUGGAAGCACAGUUGGAGAAUGUGGGGGAUGGCACCGUGGUGGUCAAGCAAACGAGACUCAAUCCCAAACCGCCCUUCAAAGCCGUUUCCUUGAACUUCGACCUGGACAGGCCGGACAAGGCCGACUCGCAGCCGCCCACGCUGAACCCACGGGAUGUACUGCAGGUUGCAUUCCUAGUUGAGCAGGAAGAAGGCCAGCAAGAGGGACUCGAAGCUUUGCAAAAGGACCUGAGACGAGAUGGCAGGGCCGUCCUGGGGCAACUUUCCAUUGAAUGGAGGGGUGCUAUGGGUGACAAGGGGUUCUUGACUACCGGAAAUCUGUUGACAAGGAGGCGAUCCUGA